AUUUUUUUCUCAGAAACAGAGCUAUUUGCUAGAGAGUGAGAGAGAGAGAAAGGAGGGUUCUUUUGUGCUUCUUGUUAUGGCAAGGAACACAUCCUCUGUAGCCGAAGAAGCUUCAACUGGACUCCAUUGCAAAGUAACUCAAUCACUACCUCAUCCCUUCUUUUCUUUCGUCGCUAUUUUAUUGAUUGAUACAAAACCAUCGCCAUUGUUGUUGUUUUUUCCCCCACAGACAUGGCUGCUGAGAGUUUCCGUCCACUGCCAAGGUUGCAAGAGAAAAGUCUGCAAAAUCCUCUUAGCCAUCCACGGUGUAUACACGGUAACUGUUGAUAUGAAGCAACAGAGAGUCACUGUAACUGGAAACGUGGAAGGAGAGACAUUGAUCAGGAAACUCUCAAACAAAGGGAAGAAGGCUUCGAUUUGUGAUAGCAACGAACCCAAGAAUCCUAAAGCCAACCAAGAACAAGGGGAAAGCAGUCAGAAGAAGAAUAAGGAGAACCAGAAACAGAGUGAAAACAGGGGAACCAAACAAGAAGAAGAGCCAAAGGCGGUGGUCAUCCCAGCCGCGGCCGAAAACUCGUCGCCAAAAACCCAAACCGUCGCUAAAGACUCUCCGGGUAACCGCGUCAGUGGCGAGAAGAAGCGGCACGAGGGCAGUGGCGGAUCCAGGGGGUGGCCACCCCGGGCCCCGGCCCAGCCCUCCCCUGGAUCUGGAACUAGUAUAGUACUUAUGAGUUUAUCGAUUUACCCAUUUGGCACAGUGUUAUUUUAUAAUAAAAUUGUGUGUAAUUAGGAAAAUGGUUAAGAUGAACAUAUUCAAAUC